GACAUCCGGGGACUAUCCGUGGACUUUCUGUACAUGCCAGACUGAAUGGGGAUCUAACUACGGGAGUUUUAAUAAUAUCAUUAGCGCAAAAUAUGCGAGUCCUAAAGUGCCCAAGCCAAAAGUCGCCGAUAUAUAUGUCCGAUAAAAUACCACCGUUAAUAGCAAACAAACAGGUAAUCCAAGUGCCAUGAAGUAAAUCAAAAGGCACCUUUUCGGAACCAUUUGUCUCGGUUGAUAGUAUAAAGCUCGCUUCAUACAAGCCUUCUCAAGCAAUACCACAUUAUUUCAGCGACUCAAUCUCAACAUUUCCCACUCAUCUACCCCUUAUGUUAGCAAUUUAAAAAACCAACAUAAUAUAAAGUGUACGAAUAAAACAAGCCUAAAGAUAGCCAUGACUACUGCGCCCAUAGUCGACGUUCUAAUCCUCGGCAGCGGGCCCGCAGGGAUCGCUUGUGCCGGAGCGAUAGCGCGACAGCUACACAGCGCUAUAAUCUUCAGCAACAACACAUUUCGUAACGCACGUGCGCGGCACAUGCACAAUGUAACCGGGUGGGACCACGCGGACCCGGCGGCAUUCCGUGCUCGGGCUCGUACCGAUCUGAUUGAGCGGUAUGCAGGCCCUGCGGGUAUCCAGUUCCGCGACAUUGGUGUCUCGAGCGUGCGGAAACUGGAUGACGAUGAGCGAGGAGGGACCAGGUUCGAGGCCGUAGAUAUCGAGGGGACCAAGUAUCUAGGAAGAAAGGUUGUCCUAGCGAUGGGUGUGAAGGACAUUAUGCCUAUGACGCCCGAGGGGUACGCGGACGUGUGGGGUUAUGGCAUCUUCCACUGUCUUUUCUGCCACGGCUUCGAGGAACGGGGUUCCGAAUCCGCAGGUGUUCUGGCGACGGGUCCUUUUCUCGGAGGCGGAGGUGACAACGGCGCGCCACUAAUGGCGCCCGUCAUUUCGCGCAUGGCCUCUCGGCUCGCAGGCCAUGCCACCAUAUAUACCGAUGCACAGCUCAAGAGCACCCAGAAAUUCAAUAUUGAAAACCGUCGCCUCGCACGCAUAGCUAAAGAUCCAGAUGGAAAAGGCGAGGCAGGUGUGCUUGUUACGCUAGAGGAUGGGAGUGUCAAUAGGGAAGGGUUCUUGGCCCAUGCUCCCGCCCUUGAGAUAAACGGUCCGUUCGCGGCAGACUUGGGUGUGACACUGACACCACAGGGCCAUAUAGAUGCACAGCCGCCGUUCUACAGCACUAAUGUCCCCGGCGUCUACGCGGCCGGCAACUGUGCCACGAUGAUCAAAGCCGUACCAACAGCUACCAUGAUGGGAGCCUGCGUGGGUGCGGGCCUGGUCCACGCUCUACAGGCCGAGGAUGAUGUGGAGGAUUAA